GGCGAACAAGCAAAAAUAGAAAAGAGGGCAAUUGAAGGCAAACUUUCCAACGAGCCCAAAAUUCAAUCCUUUUUUCUUUCAGAAUCUCAAUCUUGAUAUUUUAUUCACUUAUACCAGCCACCAAUUAUUUUCAAAUCAGCUUACAGGCUUUAUUCAAUUUACAUAAAUAAAAAUGUCGUCGUGUCGCUUUUACGAAGCCGAUUUUCCCGAGAUUGACGACAUUGUCAUGGUCAAAAUCACCAGCAUCAAGGAGAUUGGCGCAUACGUGCAGCUCGAGGAGUACGGCAACAUCGAGGGUAUGAUUCCCAUGGCAGAGCUCUCCCGCCGCCGUAUCCGCUCCGUCCAAUCGCUCAUCCGCGUCGGCCGCCACGAGGCCGUCUCCGUCUGCCGUGUGGACAAGAGCAAAGGAUACAUUGACUUGUCCAAGAGCCGCGUCAACCGCGAGGAAGCGGCGGCUUGCGAGGAGAAGUACCAAAAGUCCAAGCAAGUUCACCUGAUCAUGUCCAACCUGGCGAAGAAGCUCGACGUGGACAUCGAGGAGCUCUACCAAAAGUUCGCCUGGCCUUUGUACAAGAAGUACGGCCAUGCUUUUGAUGCCUUUAAGGCGGCUAUUCUUGACCCGGAGGCUGUCUUUGGUGAGUUCAAUCUGGAGGCGAAUGUCCAGGAGGAGCUCAUGCACCUGAUUGCCCGCCGUCUCACCCCGCAGCGCGCCAAGCUGCGUGCUGAUAUUGAAGUUGUCUGCGCCGAGUACCAGGGCAUCGAGGCUAUUCGCCGCGCACUCAAGGCUGGCGAAGCUGUGUCUACUGAAACCUGUCCGCUGAAAAUCACCCUGAUUGCGCCGCCGCAGUACAGCAUUGCGACGAUGUCAAUUGAUAAGGCUGGGGACUUGCUGCUUAUGGAGAAGGCUAUUGAGGCCGUGCGCAAGGUUAUUGUUGAGGAGGGCGGAUCGUUGAAGGUUACGAUGGCGCCAAAGGCUGUGAGUGAGACGGAGGAGAAGGAGCUUAAGGAUUAUAUGGCUCGUGCUGAGCGUGAGAACACGGAGGUCGCUGGUGAUGAUGAUAUGGACUCGGGUGAUGAGAUUUAAAAAAGAAAAAAAAGAGAUUUUUGGAUUAAAUUUGUUUUAUGAGGAAUAAUCUUUUACUUGCAUGUUUAGUUCAAACAUAUCAAAUACACACUGCAGCAGACAUGAAAACUGUCGAUUUUUUUAAUUUCUAUUUCAUCCUUUUCAGCUUAUCCUUAAACCAAUUUCCUUCCACUCGCUUGCCUAAAAUUAUCAUUAGAACGAUAAACAUUUACUUAAAGUGUUUAUAUAAGAUGGUUACAAGUUGCUUGUGGUGGGAUAAUAAAUUUUUUAAUGGC